AUGCCUACUCAUCUCCAGCCCUCCACCUCCCGUCGUGGUAGAACUCCGCCAGCUCGAAGAAACAGUUAUACACCGCACCCUUCCUUGCACGAUGAAGAGCAGGUUGCACAUUUUGACCUUCCAGAAACAAGCAACCGGUCACACCUCAGGGCCUCCAAGAAGGGGAAACAAAGAGCCGAGCCCCAGGAUGAAGCGUCCACCUCAUUCAGCCGUGAACAUCAUGCAGCUCGGUCUUAUCAUGCAGCUCGUUCUUCUCCUGAUUACGACGGCCCAGUUUCUCACUCUUCAUUUCAGCUGUCUCAGCCUCCUCAUUCAGAUGCCUAUUCGCCUGCGGCCCCUCGGACCAAAAGGAAGCAAGAUGAUAUUUCUCCCAGCCCCGAAAGUCGCCGUAAAAAACCAAGAGGUGCCCCAGCUCUAGGCCGCGUGCCUACUAAUGCGCAAGUUCUCCGGCAAAGACAAGGACAACACCGAGUUCGGCGCAAAAGUCUUGUGAUCCGACCUUCAUUUCAUGACGAAGACGUGUUUGUACCCAAUCCACAUCCAUCAGUGAGAGGUGUUGUUGGCUGGAGGAAUUCCUUGCCUCAGGGCAUGUCGCCUCCACCAUUUUCUCAGCCCUGCCACAAUCACAUUCCCGACCACGAUUUCCCCACAACCGGUCCUGUAGCUGGACCAUCUCAGAGCCGAACCGGUCCCGUAGCUGGUUGUUCAUGCGUUGGGGUUGGCCCAGAUGUAUUGUCUGAAUUUACACGAGUAACAGGUCGCCUUGCCGAUCAACUUGAGGCAAACAAUAACAGUAUGGUUUCGACGAGGCCAACAAUCAGCAAGCCUAUAAUCCCCCCUUCGGGACAAAAAGACCUGACCCUCUUAUCUCGAGUCCGCCUACAUGUCAAGACCCUAUUUGGUAAGACCAUGGCUUUGAACCAGUUCCCACCACCAGCCACCGAACGUGAGAAGGCCAACUGGAAGCGGGAUCCGGAGAACGACUUUCCGGAUGAUGAGAGCGUGAGCCACUCCAGCAAUUAUUCCGGUGACGAUGGCGGGGACCCCGGGUUUCCAUACCCUAAGGGUCCUGGCCAUAGGAAAGCAUCUGCGACCACGCUGAAGAUUAUGUGGCGCUCUAUGUUUCGGUGUGGUGUAAUCUCAUUCCGGCCUGACUUGAGCCGGGGUCCUCAUGAUGCCGACAACUUGUUUCUCUGGGACCUUGCACAUAGUAUAUUUAUCAAGUUGGUUAAGGCGCAAGAGUACCCUGAUAUUGAUCUUGAGAAUUGUUCGGAGCAAAAAAUUCACCAGACAAUCAUGAAUCAUGCCAAGCAAUUGCACCGAACUUAUUGCGAAGCGGGUUGGGAUCCCCAAAGGCUAGACAAAAGGGCUGUGGGCAAACGUCGACAAGCACGUACCAAACGACUGCGUGAUACCCGCAUUGCAUUCCUCGCCCAAAGAGCACAACUGGUCCCCCUCAUUCCUGUGAUUGAUGCCUGUACUAGCGACGCUGAAACUGAACCAGAUCUUCCUGGUGGUUCCAAUGAGAGGGAAAAGCGAGUCUUGGUCAGCCAUUUACCUUGGCGCCAUCACAGGAUCACGAAAGCUGUCAACACAAUCGAUGAAAUCAUUGAGUCGAAGAGGAAGUCUGGUUGUCGUGAUUUUGGCAACACCUCCCAUCAACGAAUCCGGCCACCUCACCCCCAGAUAAGCAACCGCUCACCCCCCCAUCAUGCCUAUCGACCGAUGUCUUUGACAAUGGUUGGGUGA